AUGUCGGUGAUGCAAGUUGAAGAACUGGUCUCGUACCAACUCCGAACUGCCUACCUCAACGAGAUCAACGAUGGCGUAGGAGAGCGCUUGAUCACCCUCAACGAGGGCUUCCUAAGCUCUGCACCCUUCAAAGCCGCUGGAUGGCGAUCGAAUCCCGCCCACAUCAAGCGAACCCACUCACCCCCAAUCCCGACCGCAGUUGCUUCCGAGUACUUCCAAGCGCCACGUGUGACGGGCCUGACGCUCGAAGACGAUGCCGACGAUGGUGGUGCCGUCGUUGGAGGUCCCGCGGCCCCGAGGCGGCGCAGACGCAGGGAACAAAUGCAAGAGGACGAUGACAGCAGUGAUCUGAGCGAUGAGAGCGAUGAUGAGCCGGAUCAACGGGCUGCUCAACAGAUCAAGUUUGCCAAGAUGCCGCUGCGUCACCGCUCCGGCUCCUCUCCCAUACAGUCCUCGAACCUACGCCAGUCCUCGACACUUUCUUCACCGUGCGCGCCUACCAUCAGGAGGGGAUCGCAAUCGGCACUUGAAACGGUCAAAGAGAGGGCGCGCCGUGACACGGUCACCAGCAGCGAAGUCUCCUCCGAGAACGAAUUCGACGCGUCGGGCUUCCAGAGCAGACGGCCUGAGCCCAAUAGGGGACCAGCAAAGACCGUCCGGCUGCAGACCGAUCUCGGUGAUGCUGCUGACCUAGAAGACGCAAGCAUCAAGAGGAGGGAAAGCGAGCCACUCGCCGAAGAACAGGAUGAUUCGGACGACUCCGAGUCUUCUGCCGUUGGUAGCAUUGACUCUGUCACUCUCCUUAACCCGGACGAGAAUGCUCCCAAGGUUCCGCAGAGGACACAGAUUGUAGGAACGCCACCGAGACAGUUUACCAGACGGUCCACUAUUCGCAAGUCCAUGGCUCCAGUACAUAGCAACAGCAAACUUCCGCCACCUAGGCCCAUGACAAUGGUUCGGCCCCUUAGCAUGAUACAGCCAAAGAGUUUGCUAUCAGCUGCGCUCAAUGCCAAAAAGACGAAACCCGCGAAUUCUUUCGAGUCCUUUGCUUCGCUAUCUGGUCAAGGCGAUCCGAACCCCAUCAGACUGCGCAUAUACCCAGCCUUUUCCAAAGAGGCAUCCAAGCCUUUUGAAGUUCUUAUAAACAGAACCUCACAGCAAGGACAAGGGGGUAACCAACCCGUCACAGUUGCGGAUCUGAUCGGUCUCAGUCUGUGGAGGUACAAGGAGGAAAAGCGAGAACCACCACUGCCGGCGGAUAAGCUCAAUGUGAACUGGUUCACGCUGCGCAUGGUUGAGGAGGAUGGUGAAGUAGACGAGGACUUUCCACCACUAGACCGCAAAAAGCAGUUGAUAUCAUUCACCAAUGCCAACAACAGGGCCGCCCGUGGAAGGUCAAACUCGAAAGUAUACGACGAGUUUGCCCUGGUGCAAGCCUCAGCAUCCGAAUUCGCCGAGAACCAAAAGUUGACACCACAGUUCGACCAAGAGGAAGAAACAAAGGACGACGAGCUUACACCACGCAACACUCCAAUGCCGGAUGCCUCAAUGAUGCCCCCGCCUCCACCAGCACAGCCUAAAGGGCCAUCUCUGAAUCCCAUCAUCACGACUACAUUCCGGCCUAAUGCGCCACUGGCAGACUCACCGGCAGUGGCAAACUCAGCCCCUAAUGUGAUCAGAGGGCGGAAGAAGCUUCUUCGCAUACACAUUCAUUCUGCUGAUGUAGCUCCGGGUCAGAUGGUUACACUAGAUGUCACUACCGACACAUACUUGGAGGAGGUGCUGGAUCUUGUCUGCCGCAAAAGGCAGUUGGACAAGGGAAACCACGUCCUCAAGCUUCCGGGCUCAGGCGCCGUGGUUCUGCUCGACCGAGAAGUAUCCUCGAUCGGAAAUGUAGCCGAUCUGGAACUUCACCGUCGCCGCUUUGGUGCAGAAGGAUCAUUCACAACCACGGGGUCACCGGGAAGCUCAUCGCCAAACCCAUUUUCAUUUGGCGACUCACAGCAAGGUGUCAGCGGGGCGAGCGGCAGGAGGACCAACAUGAAGAAGGCCACGGCUGCUGGUGGAGGAGCCGGCUCUGCUGGCAUAAGUGCCAUCGCCCUGGUUUCGUCGCAUCCGCUCGCGCAGCAAACAAGCAACUCGGACGAAAUGGACGAACGGUCAAAGACCUAUGUCGUGUCUCGCAAGGGCACACUGCGCUCCGCAGAAAGAAUUCUAUCCAUCGAGGGCGAGUACAUGCACAUUAUACCUUCGUCCGGCGGCAAGCCGAUGGUUGAAGCUACCAGCAAGACGGCCACCGUUCAUUUCAGCAACGUGAUUGGUGUCAAGGUGUCCAGGAGGCACCCGACAGUCGUCAAACUCUCCGUAUACUUUGAUUCGGAGAAAACGUACGAGUUCGAGGCAAAGACGGCAGUCCAGGCAUCCGAGCUUGUGUAUGAGCUUAAGAAUCGGAUUGCACCCUACCGCGAGGUUUAA